GAGAGCUGUGAAAAAAGGGCAGAUUGUCGCCAACUUAUAAGGACCUAUUUGCGAGAAAUAGAUAAGGUGUGACACUUGUUGUAUGGCGUGCGCAGACGGGAUGGCGACGGAAUGUGCUAACUAAGAACGAGAAAAGAAGAUACCCAGAUGCUUCCCUGUAUUUUCGAACCAGCGACCUUAGCAGCCGUGCGCGUGCUGGAGAAAGCAGGCUCUUCGACAAGUAGUGGUCGCAACAGCGACGUCACAGCCGAUGUCGAACCAAGUGACGAAACACUCACGUUCGUCAAAGUCACUCGGCUUAUCGGCUAUACGAGCGAUAACUUGCGUGAGGUCGGCGGACACUCUGUGCGCUUGGGGCUGCAACCGCCUCUGCGGCGUCGCGUGAGGCCGGGGAUUUAUCUGGUGUCUUUGGAGAUCGGAGCUAGCGCGUUACAAGAGGGGGGCAGCGAAGGUAGUAGUUACGCAACUACUACCUCUGAACCACGGCGGAUUGUAGGUUUGGGAGCAGUGCCGACGGUAGAACAGGUUGGUCCAAAUCGUAUUGAGGUGAUGUUGUUGCGUGAGAACGAGAAUGUGCGUCCGGGAUCUGAAUCAACGGUCCGGUAUUGGAGGGAAGAGGAGAUACGGGAAGAAAUCAAAGUUACUUCAUCGCCUACAACUGAAACAAAUCCAAAUUAUGCUGGUGGAAAUCAUAAUAUCGCAGCAGAGCAUGUUGAGCAAAGGUCCAGUGCUUCUCCUCGCCCUCUUAGAGAGGAAAUCACAGUGCGAUUUCUUUAUCGUGUUGCAGAUUUCUCGUACAUUGGUGUGGGGCCAUGGUUGCGAGACCAAAUUCUGAGGCACCAAGAUAUGGUAAACCAAAAGCUGGCGACUUCAUCUCGCGGGGUCGUUCCUGUUGUUGUAGACACUAAUAUUACACCAACAAACUCCUGUUUUGAGGAUGACUCAGCGGUAACACAGUAUACAACAGGCGCGCAACUUCCGGGUGUUGCGGGUGGGGAUCGAGGUCAGGUUGAGAGUGAAGCGAAAGAACCUGAUGAAAAGACAAUGGCACAAUACUGGACAAAACAUGGAGGAAUUUGAUGUCCUAGAAAGAAGCCAAUGUGGGUAGCCAACGCGCUGUGAACUCAGUUCCAUAUUUGAGUGCUCCUGCUUUGUUCCAUAUUCAUGGCCUUGAUGAAGGAGCACAGUCGCAGUACAAAGGGAUGUGCAGUACACGUGUUGAAAACGGAG